AUGAAGGUUAUUGUGUGGACUGUGGUUUUAGCACAACUAAUCCUAUUGUUGUUCUCGCCGCUUUUGAAGACAAGGCCCGUUUUCCGAUGGUACUACAACAAAGUGUUCCAUCCAGUUUUUGAAGAUGUGGACCGGCUGCGAUGGAAACUCGCGGUAGUGCCGGCAUUGUACCUUGGUGUUUACGGAUAUUGUACAGUUCUAUUCUAUCAAGAUGUGGAGCCUUUGGUGAGGGGCCGCUUGACUCUGAUAGAGAGAUGGGUUGUGAUCCCAGCGGUUUUGGUUACACCGCUCAUCACCGGCAUUUUAACAAUGGCAGUGAAACCAAUGACAUCGCGCGAUGCCCUGACAACUAAAGGGUCGCAGUGGUUGCCAGCAUACGAUAAUUUGAUAUUUCACGAAGGUCUGGAGUGCCGUACGUGCAAGUUACCUAAAUAUGCACGAUCAAAGCAUUGUGCCAUCUGUAAUCAGUGUACAUUAGUUGCAGACCACCAUUGUAUCUGGGCAAACAAUUGCAUAGGAGCAGGCAAUUAUCAGUACUUCUACGGAUUUUUGGUCGCUAAUGUGUGUCUUACAAGCUAUGGGUGCGUGAGACUGGUAUGGUUGCGACAUUCUGGGGAUAGUAGGUCGCUUGUGGUGUUGUGUUCACUACUAGGGUGCUUUGCGUUGAUUUUGGCAGUUUUCACGUACUUCCAACUGGCGUUGGUACAGGCCGGGAUGACUACUGGCGAGGAAUCCAAAUGGUUAGUUGUUCAUGACAUGCUCCGCGAAGGAAAGUUGGUGAUAGACGGCAGCGACCGAUACUUUUAUCGUGUGGGAGGCGAAAAUGGCAGCCAGUACGAAUUUUACUCUACGAAUGUCUACGAUGGCAGCACGUAUAGUGUUAGGGAUUACCGAGUGGUGCGAAGUCCGGGAGAAAUCACAAAUAUUUACGACCGUGGUGGAAUUUGGUCGAAUUUGAAGAUUCUGGUGAAGCCUUGA